AUGCUUCAUCCCGCAUUCACCGGGCGCGUGCGUGCGACCUGGCACGUUGAGCAGCGCCUCGUGAGCAUGGUGAGCAAGCCCAACCCCCGUCGUCACCCGCCGACCACGCCGACGGUCCAGGUCGUCACCGCGCCAAAGGUGACCCCCGACACCAUCUUUGCCGGCGACGCGCGUGCCGCGCCUAUUGUUCUUGACAUGAAGCAAUGGCAAACUCGCUUUUCCGCUGUCGAGGCUGCGCUCGCCGAUCACCAGCGCCAAAUCCACCGCGCCCUUGGCCGCCUCGACAUGCUCCGCCCGCUUGACGUUGCCUCGCUUCUCUUGGAGCACUUGUGUCGUUGGCCGAAAGCGGCAACUGCGCCAUCGCCCGUGAUCCGUACCGCGCUCGAGACCGCGCUCAAGGACCUCAAGAGCGGCGAGCGAUCGCAGCUGCCAUCCUCGCCGCCUCUUGUGGCGAACCCGGCGGAGAUCCUUGGCCUUGGCAAGAGCGAGCUCGUGCAUGUGCUCGAGGCUGUCGCCCCGCGGGUUAGCCGCGACGCGGUUCAGGAGCGCAACACUGUUGCCCACCCUCGCCGCCGGCUGGACUGGCUUCUUGAGGACAACCUCGAGGCUCUUGAGCGUCUUCCAGCCCGCGACCGCGCCGACCACCUCCUCGUCCACCUCGCCAUCACGCGCUGUGCCGAGCUGUCCGGCGAGGACGUCUCGGAGCAUCGCGAGCGCGUGGAGGUGAUGCGCAUCAAGCUCGGCCUGUGA